AUGUCCACGAGAGCCAAUACGAAUCGACAAGUGCGGCAGCGCAAGCUUAAUCCUAAACAAGGACUUCGUAUCAUACGCGAGAGUGAUAUCGAGGAGCAAGCGGACGAUGAUGUCCAGAAGCACCUCCACCAUGUGGAGACGGGUGUUGAGAAGGGGGAGGAGAUUGAAUACCACUUACAAGCCAUCAUUAAUGCGUCGAACGCUGCGGCACUUGGCGCGAAGAUCAAGACAAGUUACAUCCCCACGCCGGAGGCCGUGCGAGUCAAGGGCCUCAAGUAUGACGAGCUGUAUCCGAGAGUCUUCAAGGAGCCAGCAACGUACAUUCGCUUCAGCUCCACUGUCGAAGAUUGCAUAGGCGUGCCGUACUGCAUGAACGAUGAGGAUGCCGAGUUUCUUGCCAGGCUGAACGAUGGCAAGGAGGUUGAUGGCCGUGACCGCAAGGACAAGCUCAGCCAAUGUUCUGAAGACACGUUCGAAGAAGUGAUGAACUUCUUUGAGGAGACCAGUGCCCGCUUGCAGCCUUUUGCCAACGUCGAUAGUGCGCCUCUUCCGACACUGGACGAGCUUGAGCGGUCCAUGGAGGAAGGCAUAUCUGCAGAUGCCUACCAGUAUCUGAAGCCCAUAUACAAGUACUGGAUCGUGAGGAAAGGGUCCCGGCCGCUUAUGCCGACCAUCAAGGUCCGAGUCUUGGAUACUGCAGCGGAAGCUGAUGACGCAGACCCAUAUGUAUGUUUCCGGCGGCGUGAAGUCCGACAGACCAGGAAGACCAGAGGCAGAGAUGCUCAGGUCGUUGAAAAGCUAAAGAAGCUGCGACUUGAGCUUGAACAAGCCCGAUCGCUGGUAUCCCUGGUCGUAGACCGUGAGAGGCUCAACAAGGAAAAUCUCGAAGUUAGCCAUAGAGUUUUCGAACAGCGAAAGCAACUGAAGGAAGUCAAGGUUGCAAAGGGAAUCACAGGCGAUAAAGGUGAUGAUGAGGAAUUGCUCGUCAAUCAGAAGCCAGCUGGCAAGCCCAAAGCGAGGCAAGACUCUGCACAGCAAAGACCCACGACGAUCCGUAUUCGGUCGGUUGGUGAGCGUACAGCACCUGAUGUUGACCUGCCACUGCUCGAAGACUGGCGUGCGGAAGCCGAAGCGUUUGUCAACAACACAAUUGAAAACCGCAAGGAGCAGCACGCGAAGUGGAACCAGCACUGGGUCGACGAUACCAAGUAUCCAAUCACGCCGCCAUUGGAAGAACCGGAUCCGAUGCUGAAGUGGGCGCAGCUCCCGCCCGAAGGCUUUCAGUACCCGACACCUCCGCCGUCUUUG